AUGGCUCCUACGUCUUCCCUCAACAAAUUCGACUACUUAGUCAUUGGCGGUGGCUCUGGAGGAGUUGCAUCUGCCAGAAGAGCCGCCAAAUACGGUGCCAAAGUGUUGGUGAUCGAGGCCAAUUUCAACAAGUUAGGAGGCACCUGUGUCAACGUGGGGUGUGUUCCCAAGAAGGUGAUGUGGUACGCUGCAGAUGCUGCCCACAAGAAGCACCACCUCAAGUCGUACGGAUUGUCCCAGGGCGACGACGAAGUCAAGUACGGCGACUUCGCUUGGGGCGCUAUCAAGGAAAAGAGAGAUGCCUACGUGACCCGUUUGAAUGGCAUCUAUGAAAGAAACUUACAGAGAGAGGGCGUCAGCCACUUGUUUGGAAGAGCCAAGUUCAUCAACUCCGCAGGUGACGUCGAAGUCACCUUGACUGGAGACCAAGAAAUCAAGUUUUUGGAAGAGGGAAAGACCUUCCAAAAGGACGAAAAGCUCGUUUUCUCGGGUGAACACAUCUUGAUUGCCACCGGAGGCGCUCCUAUUGUUCCUCCUGAUGUCGAGGGUGCCGAUUUGGGUAUCACUUCCGACGGCUUUUUCCAAUUGGAAUCGCAACCAAAGUCUGUAGCUGUUGUUGGAGCUGGCUACAUCGGAGUUGAAUUGUCAGGUAUUUUCCAGAGUGUUGGUUCCGAAACCCACUUGGUCAUCAGAGGCGACACCGUUUUGAGAAGCUUCGACGACAUCAUCCAGAAUACCAUCACUGACUACUACACCGACAAGUUAGGAGUCAACGUUGUCAAGAAGUCUGGUAGUGUCACGAAGGUCGAAGGCACAAAGGACGGUAAGAAGAAAGUCCACUUGGGCAAUGGCCAGGUGUUAGAAGUCGACACUUUGGUAUGGACUGUGGGUAGAAAGGGAUUGAUUGACCUUGGCUUGGACUUGGUCGACGUCAAGAUCAACUCUAAGGGUCAAAUUGAGGCCGAUGAGUACCAGCAAACUGCCAACCCCAAGAUCUACUCACUUGGUGACGUGGUGGGUAAGGUUGAACUCACUCCUGUUGCCAUCGCUGCUGGUCGUAGAUUAUCCAACAGAUUGUUCUCCGGCAAGCCUGAGUUUGCUGAGGACAAGUUGGACUACUCCAAUGUUCCAUCAGUGAUCUUUUCUCACCCAGAGGCUGGCUCCAUCGGUUUGAGCACUAAAGAAGCCAUCGAAAAGUACGGUGAAAGCAACGUCAAGGUGUACAACUCCAAGUUUACCGCCAUGUACUACGCCAUGAUGGAAUCCGACGACUUGAAGUCUCCUACUGUCUACAGAAUCGUGUGCACUGGCGAGGACGAGAAGGUUGUUGGUCUCCACAUUGUUGGUGACGCCAGUGCUGAAAUCUUGCAAGGAUUCGGAGUGGCCAUCAAGAUGGGAGCCACCAAGAAGGACUUCGACAACUGUGUUGCUAUCCACCCAACUUCUGCUGAAGAAUUGGUGACUAUGACUUAG